AUGGCAUCACCACUCAAGAGCACAGGAAAAGCACCAGUUAAAGCAGUAGGUACACCAAGUCAACCAGGUGAAAAGAAGAAGAGGAGGAAAACUGAUGGACUUAAUAGUUCUAUCUUUAGAGCACCAACUAAAAGAAUGAUUAGAGAUUCAGUAGGUGAGUCCCAUGUUACAUGUACUAAGCAAGGUCUUACUGUAUUUUGUGAGUUAGCACAUAAAAUGUUGUAUAUGAUAGGUGAGAAUCUUAGAGAAUUGGGACACAAAGGUAAGAAGAAGACUGUCGGUAGAAGAGAAAUUGAGACUGCUGUUAUGUUGGUAUUUGAUGGAGAAAUGUCUAGAAUUAUGUUAAGAGAAAUGAGAUCCACCAUUAGUAAGUCUCAAGCUAAAUCAGCAAAUAAAUAA